UUGCCAAUAGUCAAGGGAGUGAGGCAAUGAAAACCCCUCGAUAUUCUCAUUUCUUGUUUACAUUCGUUAUGAAAAGAUCGGUGAGAUACAACAAUCCAAUAAAGAACUGUCGCAGACCGCAGUGAAAAAAGCAAAUCACGGACCGGCUAGGUGGCAGGUGCAGCCAAAGAAUCCAACGACUGAGAGCCCUUUCGAAAGCUUGGCCUCAGCGCCGCUUGGCGGGAGGCUGCCAAACGUCAGCUUCUCCUUUUGUCCGCCAGAAGGCGAUGGCUGCGCGCCCUGCGCGGCCGGCCGGCGCCCGGCUCGUCUCUGAGGCAGGGAUCGAUGCGCGGCGAGUCUUCGAUUGGCGCUGAGCGCACCGGGCCGCCGGCAGCACGGGGGACCCUCCGACCGAUCAGUCAGCUGACAGGCACUGCGGGACGCCGGACCCGCCACUACGGCCGGAGCACGGCUGGAGUACGGCCUGGUACGGCCGCGGACGGCAGAGGGACGUGGCCGAGAUACAAGAUUCGCCCACCGAGCAGCGAUGGUCCGACAAAGUCACGAGCUCUCCACCAGCCACAUCGAGGACGCUGAGAUAAACUCAGCCAGCAGAAGUUGAACCUGAACACUUCUACCAGCAUCCCGCAAGGAACAACUCGUCUUCCACCGCGAGACACCAGCAGUCAAGCAGCGCACUGGGGUCUCCGUGCUAGCGAUAGCGCUCUUCAGAAGCACUCAGCAGCUGUGUGUCCGGCAGGAGGAGGCCGGCUACACAGAGCUGUGUGUCCGGCAGGAGGAGGCCGGCUACACAGCGGCUCCUGCACCUGGUCCUGGGAAGGAACAGCUGCCGACGACAGCUGAUCGAACACGACUCGGCCCGAGCCAGGCGCUGCAAACAUGGCUGUGAGCCGGGACCUGCUGUCGGUGCCGCUGCGACUAUACAUCUAUGGACUGCACGGCUUCUUCACGGAAGUCAUCUUCACCGCCAUCUGGGACUUUGUGCUCAAACAGGACUUCCGGUUCCAUGGGUGCACCAGCAUCUGGUCUCUGUUCAUCUACGCAACCGGCGUGUUCGUCAACGAGCGGCUGUUUCUGCGAAUGCGGGACUCUGUGCCGAUACUGGUGCGGGGCCUCGUCUACGUCCUCUGGACCUACACCUGGGAGUACAGCACCGGUCGCGUGCUGGACUUUUUCGGCGCCCGGCCGUGGGACUAUACCGAGCUGCAGUACAACAUCCACGGCCUGAUCGCGCUCGAGUUCGCGCCGCUCUGGUACUGCGCCUGUCUGGUCAGUGAGCAGUUUCUCAUCAGUCAGAUCCUGCGACUGAGCUGGGGCGCCGGCGGCGACCGGCCGGCGCGGGGGAAGGCGGCGCCGAGCCCGCCGGCCGCGCCGCGCAGAGAGGAGAGGAACGGAUACGGACCCGGCGGGGAGAAGAGCGCAGGAGGAAGGGGAAACGGGACCAGGGGAGACGGCGGCAGGGCAGCCACCAAGGCCGGCAAACGGAGAAACGGGCAGAACGGAACCGCGAGACAGGCGGCCGCGGGGAAGGCGGGAGGAAGGCAAAACGGUGCCAAAAACUGACUGUUCACUGAGUGAACACCGACAGAGCUCGGCUGAGAAAGACGACCUCUCCAACUACUACUUCAUGCUAAUUGAAGCUCAAUAAGGUUAAGGAAAAGACUAUUACGAUGCAUUAUUUGAUGUUGCUAUGUAAGCUUAUUUUUAGCUUGUUAGAUGUUGAUGUUGAUGAGGCAAAAUUUUGUAAUUUGAAAUGAAUAUGUUAAUAAUUAUGAAUCCAACUGUAACGCAUAAG